UUUUAAAGCAGACAUAAAUUUCAGGAAAGCAGAAGUUACUGGCAAAAUUAUAAAUCAGUACAUGGAGGUUACACAUUGGUUUUGUCCUGAAAAGUCGUGAUAUUUUGAAGCAGGGGCUUACAGCCCCUACAUAGAUUCAAGGGUUUUCUGAUUUGUAAUUGGUUAAAGAAAGAAGAGUUGUUUUAAAAUUUGGGGGUUGGCAGAAAAAAAUGUUAGCUCUUUGGCUAAUGGAUUUGCCUCCCUCUAGCCCCUCAGGAAGAAAUUUAGCAGAAAGAAUGGCAGUCAGAAUUCAGUUUUCAGGCCCCCCUUAUCUGAGGUGUACUUGUCAGCAGAUGCCUUUGGUGGAGGUCUAGGUUUAUGAAAAAUGACUGAGGAAUGUAUGUUAAGAUGUGAUCUUUAGAACAAAACAAACAUCUUCUGACUGUAACUUCCUUGGCUGUUGUUUAGGCUACUAUUACCUUCUUGCUUAUCAAGUUCCUCAUUUCUUUCUCAGUGCUAGCUAGGUACCAGGGAUUUCCCUUGAAGGGACUCACGAUUUUCCUUUAUUUCCCUGCUUGGGGAAGCUACAGGCCCCUAACAAAGGGUCCCUGCUCCAUCACAGGAUCUUACCCACUCUGUCUACCGACUCACAUUUCAGACCUUUCUAGUGAAACCCUCACAGAUCCAGAAGUAAUGCUUUGCCAGUGUUCUAGGUGUUCCUUAAUACAGUUAGUUGACUCCUAAAACUAAACAUUACAUUGGGUUUUGGAGUGUUACCCAAGCAGGUUUCUCAUGAGGAGUUCAAAUUGCUGGGUUAAGGUGAAGCAACCAUGAUUUCCACAGAGUCAAAGUUUGACUGAGAGGUGGUUACUGCCGAAUAUCUGUGCAGUUCCCACAGGGGACAGUGAAGUGAGAUAAAGGUGGUAUUCAGCUGUCUUAUAUGGAGUAGUCACCUUGAGCAGGUUUUAUAAGGGGCUAUGUUCAAUGACCACCUUGAGGAAUGUGGAAGAGGCCACAAACUGGAAACUGUCAUGGAUUUCUAAACCCUAUUUCUGGUAUGAGAAUGUCAACACAAUGUACAAAAUGAAUGCCCAGGUUACAUAAAAUUAAAACAAUUCACAGCAACAUUUAAAAUAGGAAUUCUAGUAGCCCAAUAAUAACUCUCUCUCUAAUCCUGAGGUAGCAGGUAAAUCUAGUUGUUCAACUAAUUUGAAACUAUAGUUAAGCAUGUUUUUGCAAUAAUAGACCAGAAUACAUAUAAUGAGCUGACAAAAUUUUAUACUGAAAAGGGGGCAGUCACAGAGAAAAAAUAAUGUGUUCCAUUUAUUUUAAAAGGCAUAUUUUUUACAUCUUUCAAAUAGAGAUGAAUCAUAAUAUUGUAAAAAGACUAUUGGUUAGAAGACAGUCAUAAUGUGAUGGACUUUGUGUGAACACAAGUGAACUUGAUGUAAAAAACUUCCAUUUUCACAUUCUGGUGGUAUCUUUAACAUCAUGACUUGGAGAGGGAUGUUAGUAGAUGAGAAACAUAAUCUAUCAGAAACUCCUAUAGUUCUCUCACUACAAAUAUGGCAUCAGCAAAGCUCCUAAUUACCAGAGAUGAUGCUAGUGUAGAAAAAAUCCAUGGACAAGGUGAGUUGCACAGUGAUUUAGAAGAGUUUUAUCCAAAUAUGAGAAAUUUUAGAAAACCUUGAUUACCUAUUUUGCUUUCACUUUCUCUCUCAUGUGAUCAUAGGAGUGAUAUGACAUAAAUACACACAUUUAUAUAAGUUCAAAAGUGUAAAAAGUAAAAUAGAGGUUCCUCUUCGAAGACUUUCCUCGCCAUCUAAUUAGAAAUAAAUAGUAACUUCUCUUAGAAGCAACAUUUUUUCAAAGACCUGUGUUAACAUUCUUAAAUAUCUGCUAGCCGUAAUAAAGAAAUCAAUGUACUUUAUGUUCUUAGCUCCCAGAAUUUAACCUAAAUAUUUGCCAGCAUGCUUAUACUGGUCCAAGCAAGCAUUAGGUCAUAGCCUGUUCCUCUUCCUUAUUUGAAGGUGUUUUUACCUUUCUCCGGAUUCCACAAGUUACUUCCUCCUUCCUUUGUUCUCCUCUGCCUUUGCCUCUUUUAAAAAGUUCUAAGUUGCCAGCCAGUCGGGACAAAUACAGAAUGUGAGGUCCUGUUCCAGCCAAUGGAAACCAGACACAGCAGUAGGGUGGACGCAUCAGGUUAUAAAUGACCCUAUCUCCUUUGUUCUGUGUACUCUCAUGGCAAAAAUGCUGGUGAGUGUACCUUUUCUGAAGAAAAUAUAAAAAUGGCCUUGCUGAGGAAAUGAUAUUCAAGUGGUAUUUCUUUAUGGCACCAAGGAACAGGCAUUUCAAACAAAAAGUAUUAUUUUCAACAUAUAUGACAUAAAAUUUUUGUGAUGUCAUAGUUUUUCAAUAGUUCUAUGCUUUUAUUGUGAUGUAAAAUAAUGAUGUAUUUUACAAUUGAUACAUAUGAUACUUCUUGCAAUUACUUGAAAAAAGCUGUCACUGGUAGCAAAUAGUAACUAGUGUUUAGUGUAGACCUAUGUAAACCAAAAAUGACUGACACAGAUGGCAUUCAUUUCAGAGAAUUAUUUUGCCAAGUUUAAGGAUAAACACAAGUCACAGUAGGCUCUGUGACCUGUGCUUUUUCCAAAGCGGGUUUUGCUGACCUCCAUAUUUGUAGGGGUGAGACCUGGCAGGAGCAGGUGGAGGAUAAAGAAAGGGGAGGAAAGACAGUGAGGCAAGUACAUCCUUACGAGGCCUGGAUUAGCACUCACUGCAUCCAGAUGUUGCAUGUGUAAAGAGGAAUGGAGAAAAAGUUGAUUGUGCAUUUGUCUUGUGCGUGGUAGAUCUACAUUUUACACAAGAUAGGCAAACUUGUGAAAUUACAGCUGUCUCUUUGGGAACAAAAGGAAGGUAGUAUUAGCAUGACUCAGUUCCUGACUUUUCCUUUGGCAUAGUGAGUUUGGGAUCCCAAGAUUUUAUUUUCCUUGUUCUUCAAAAUAUUUCAGAGAAAGCAUUUUAGAAGAAAAUGAGUGUUUGGUUAUAUUUUUUCCCUAAUUUUUCAACAUUAGGAUGGUUUAUUCCUAGAAAGUUAGGAUCCACAUUUUUAAGGAGACUCAUUCUAGAAGGUUGUGAAGAAAUAGGGGGAAUAAGAAAUAAAGGGAAAAGAUAAGAAAAAAGAGACACAGCUGGAUUAUAGCAACAAAGUAGAAAGCAAUCCUUGAAAACCAAUAGACUAUAUUACAGAGCAGUCCAUAUAUAACUAGACGGUCAUGAAAAUAUUUUAUGUAAAUAAAUAAGAUGCUGUUAUUUCUCCCAAAGUUUAAGUUUUCUAGUUUCAGUCUGCAGGGCUUUACAAAAAGCACAGUUUUCUACUAAUUUGAAGUCAGAAAAAAAUGGGAAAGAAAAAAAAAAACAUUGAAAAUUUUAGUCUGGAGACUGGUAACCAGCAAAGAAUUUAGGAUCCAGUCUAGCUAAAUUGUAAACCAAUAAUAAAACUGGAAGACAAUGAACAGGGCUAGAAUCCAAUAAAAGAUGUACUAUAGUUUCAUUUGAAAUACAUUUUUUCUCUCUACAGUCUUCCAUUUUUACUAAAGAAAAAUCAUAGUAAGACCAAUUUAUUUCCAAAAUAAGUUUUAGUUUUAUUGUACUUGGCCUGAUUAUUUUCAUAAAGUGCAGCAAGACUAUUUUUUUUUCCAUAUAGGCUCUUCCAAGUUGGCAUUGAUGGAACUUUUUUUUAAACAAAGUGUCUACUAUUUUUUUCAAAUAGCCCCUCAAGCUCAAACAAGCAUUUAUUGUGCCUGCAAAUAACUGUAUGAACUGGGUGAAUUCAUCUCAUCUUGAGGUCGCAAGAUUACUUGGAGUUCCUAGGCCUGUCAGAAAGUGACAUGCGUUUCUUACAACAGAUCAGAAAAUCUGUAAAGAAACUGCAUAAAGAAGGCAUAGGGCGAGUCUCUCCAAGGGAAUUUUACUGGUUUUAUUAUUCAACCUAAAUUUCUCAAAGCAAUCUGCUCAUAGAUGAAAAUGUGCUAUUCCAGCCAAAGCCUUGACAAGAUCCUUUGGCAUUUGAGAGUUGCUUUUUGUAUACAGCCCUUUAACGGAGCAAAUGGCCAGCCAGGAAACCAAAGUGUGGACAAGGGGAAAGAAGCAUCUGUGGAGGAAGUUCUACAAGCAACCCUCCUCAUCCAUCAACACGGAGAUGCAUUGACACCCUUCUUCAAUCCAGAGGAUGGGCCAUCAACUCACAAAAGUACAAGGCCUGGAACCAGCUACAAAGUUCCUAUGGAUCACUUGGCCAGAAACAGGUUCUAACUAUGUUGCCCAAGCUGGUCCUGAACCGCUAGCCUCAAAUAAUCCUCCUGCCUGAACCUACCAAAGCAUUGGUAUUACAAGUUUGACCCACCGUGAUCAGUCCAGAGUAGGAAAUGGAAUCUUAACAACUAUCACAUGAGCUUUGAGGGUAUCCUUCUCCAGAUGAGCCUUCAGUUGAGACCUCAGCCUUGGACGUCAUCUGAAUCUGGAUUCCUGACCCAGAGCAACUGAAUUUUAUGGAACCUUGUAUUCUGUUGAAUACCAGAAUUAUAUCAGCAAUCCCAAAGUCACCAAAUGGGCAUCAUCAUGACAGCAGACUCCAUCAUGAAUUCAUGGCACCACACAGUCCCCUGAUGCUAUAACAUCAUGGAUUUCUUUUGUCCAGUGAGAGGCCCAAAAGCUGCAGCAUAGACAAUAUCAUAGUGUAGAAGGUUCACUAGACCGUGAUCAUGGGCUACAUUCUCCAUACCAGCUUUAUAGCUCCAGUGAGAAAAUAAAUUCCUGCAUCCAGGAGACGUGGAGUAAGAGAUACAGCUGCCCUUGACCAUAUUUCUUACUUCAGAGAAGAUCGUAGCAGUAAUUCAGAAUCUCAUCCAGGAUACCUCAUCACAGGCUGGAGUGCAGUGUCAUGAGCUUGGUUCACUACAGCCUCCAUCUUCUGUGCUUAAGAACCCUUCCCUCUCAACCUCCAGGGUAGCUGAGACUACAGUGAGUUCCUGAUGAGGGCAGGGAGUUGAAUCCUAAGAACAAUCAUGUGAGUUUGGAAGGAGACCCUACCCCAGCUGAGCCUCAGCCUGAGCCAUCCCCUACAUCUAGACCGAAGACCCAGAGAAACUGCUCCAUCAGGAACUUUGCAGGACCGUGCACUCUGUUGAUACUCACAUGGUGGAAUUAUAUUGCCCUUGGCCAACCUAAAGCCAUCAAGAUAGCAGGUUUGGAAUAAUUCACUGUUGAAGUCUUCUUGAGCUGAGCAGUCAUGUGAGCUUGGAAGAUGAUCCCUCUCCAGCUGAUCCUUCAGGUCAGGCCAUCAUCUACAUCUGGAUUCCUGACCCAGAGAAACUAUGAGUAAUGUAUGCUGCUUUUGAGCCACUAAGCUAUAUAGUAAUAGGCUAUGCUUCAAUAAACAAUAAUACACUUGAUGAUAAAUGUAAUAUGUUAUUCUGAAUUAGAUCCAAAAACAGAAAAAUGGAAUUAGUGGAAAACCUGGUAAAAUAUGAAGACAGACAAUACUUUAGUUAAUAGUUUUGUACCUUUAUCAAUUUCUGAGUUUUCUUAGAUAUUCUGUGGUUAUGUAUGAUAUUAAUAUUACAGGAAAUUGAAGGAUAUAUAAAACUUUAUGUAAGAGCUUAGCACUGCUCUAUCAAUCUGAAAUUAUUUUAGAAUAAAUAGGAAGUGUAGACAUGCUCAUAUAUUUGAGAUCAGGACUUGCUGUUAACUUAAAUGGGCUUUUGUGGGACCUGAAACUCAUGAUGCAAAUGCAGUAUUAUUAUAAAAUAUAAGUAAUAUUAGUUUCUAUUUUAUUCACUCUAUUCUUCCGGGAACACCAAAGCCCAUCUAUUCUCUCAAGUAGUAUCCAAAAGUAGGAUUGAGUCUAGUAACAAGUAAACAGCACAGAAGAUUGUAUGGAAACUAUAAUGCAUUUACAUUUGUAGUAACUAAUCAUAAAAUGACUUGCAGGAUAAUUAUCCACAUAAUUAGAAUGACCAUGGGAAAGAGAAAAAAAGUAGAAAUGCAACUUUCUGAAUUUAGAAACUGUAUCUAGGCAAGUGUGGUGGCACACACUUACAGUUCCAGCUUCUAGGGAGAGCGGGUAGAAUGAUCACUUGACACGAGGAGUUUGAGGCUGUAGUACACAAAAAUUGUACCUGUGAAUAGCCUCUGCACUCCAGCCUGGACAAUACAGUAAGGCCCAUCUCUAAAAUAAAUAAAUAAAUAAAUAAAUGGAUUUAUACUACAAGUUUCAGAGAUUGUUGUUUAUAUUUCUAUGAUUAGGGCUGAAAUUAUCUAGAUUUUUCUGUUUUUAGAGAGCUGCCAUGAUAUGGUUUCGCUCUGUGUCCUCACCCAAAUCUCAUCUCAAAGUGUAAUCCUCAUGUGUUGGAGGAGGGGCCUGGUGGGAGGUCAAUGGAUCAUGGGGGCAGAAUUCCCCCUUGCUGUUCUUUUGAUAGUGAAUGAGUUCUCAUGAGAUUGGAUGGUUUUGAAGUGUGGCACUUCCCCCCCAACUCCACCCCUCUCUCUCCAGCUGCCAUGUAAGAUGUGCCUUACUUCCCCUUUGCCUUCAAUCAUGACUGUAAGUUUCCUGAGGCCUCCCCAGCCAUGCAGAAAUGUAAGUCAGUUACACCUUUUCUCUUCAUAAAUUACCCAGUCUCAGGUAGUUCUUUACAGCAGUGUGAAAAUGGACUGACACAGAAAAUUGUUACUGAGAGAGUGGGGUAUUGCUAUGAAGAUAACUGAAAAUGUAGAAGCAACUUUUGAACUGGAUAACAGGCAGAGGUUGGAAGUUUGGAGGGCUCAGAAGAAGAUAGGAAGAUGUGGGAAAGUUUGGAACAACAUAGAGACUUGUGGAAUGGUUUUGACUGUGUGAACCCCAAAUAUCUGAGACAGGUCUCAGUCAAUUUAGAAAGUUUAUUUUGCCAAGGUUAAGGACACACCCAUGACACAUCCUUAGGAAGUCCUGAGACAUGUGCCCAGGUGGUCUGGAGUACAGCUUGCUUUUACAUUUUAUACAUUUUAGGGAGAUAUGAGACAUCAAUCAGUAUGUGUAAGGUACGUUGGUUUGGUCCUGUAAGGUGGGACACCUCGAAGUGUGGGCUUCCAGGUUAGAAGUAGGUAAGAGACAAAAAGGUUGCAUUAUUUUGAGUCCUUGAUCAGCCUUCUACUGAAUACACAAUUUAGUCUGGCUCCAUGAAUCUGUAUUUUUACAUAAACAGUAGUGGAGAGGAAGCAAUCAGAUAGGCAUUUGUCUCAGGAGAGCCUCAAAGGGAUGACUUUGAAUAGAAUGGGAGGCAGGUUUGCUCUAAGCAGCUCCCAGCGUGACUUUUCCCUUUACCUUAGUCAUUUUGGGGUGCCAAGAUUUAUUUUCCUGUCACAACCAAAAUAUUGAUAGUAAUAUGGACAGUGAAGUACAGGCUGAAUGGACUCAGAUGGAGAUGAGGAACUUAUUGGGAACCAGAGAAAACGUCACUCUUGCUGUACGACUGGUGGCAUUUUGCCCCACCCUAAAGAUCUGUGGAACUUUGAACUUGAGAGAGAUGAUGUAGGGUAUUCUGGCAGAAGACAUUUCUAAGCAGCGUUUGACAUGUGACCUGGCUGUUGCUAAAAUUCUAUGUUCCUAUGCGUGAACAAAGAGAUUACUUGAAACUGAAACACAUUUAAAAGGGAAGCAGGCAUAAAACUGGAAAAUUUGCAGCCCAACCCGUCCCCAUUUUUAUUAGGACAAAUUAUAGUAGGACACAAUUACCAUCAAAAUAAGUUUUAGUCUUAUUAUACUUAGCCUGAUUAUUUGCAUAAAAUACGACCAGAAUAAUUAUUUGCCAUAUAGGCUCUUUCUAAUUUGGCAUUGCUGGAACCUUGUUCUAGAAGGAAUCUCUGAUUGGACUUUUUUUUUUUUUUUUUUUUUUUUGAGACGGAGUCUCACUCUGUCCCCCAGGCUGGAGUGCAAUGGCAUGAUCUUGGCUCACUCAACCUCCACCUCCCGGGUUCAAGCAAUUCUCCUGCCUCAGCCUCCUGAGUAGUUGGGAUUACAAGCGCCCACAACCAUGCCUGGCUAAUUUUUGUAUUUUUAGUAGAGACGGGGUUUGGUCAUGUUGGUCAGGCUGGUCUUGAAUUCCUGACCUCAGGUGAUCCACCCGCCUUGGCCUCCCAAAGUGCUGGGAUUGCAGGCAUGAGCCACCACGCCCAGCUGAUUAAAAGCCUUGAGUCCACCUAUGGAUUUAUAUUGUGCCUACAAAUAGCUAUAUAGAUUGAGUGAAUUCCUCUUUUCUUAAGGUUCCAAGAUAAAUUGAGGAUUUUAAAAAAGUGAUUUUUUACUUACCACCAGUCAGGAGCCCCAUACAAGGACUGUGUAGACAAGUUAUGAGGGCAGUUUCCACAAGGAGCUUUUGUCAUCUCUAUACAUCAACUUUAAUUCCUUAAGGCAUUCUGUUUAUAUCUGAAAGUAUGCCAUUCUGUUGAUAAAAUAUAACCAUAUCUUUGGUAAAAUAACUGGUGUCUCCACUUGUGUUCUGUUACGAAAGAAAACAGAUAAACAGAUUCUUAUUGCACUUAUGUAAAAACUGUAUCUGCAUAUGUUAAGAAUAUACACAAAUAGUUUUCAAAUUUUGGUGAAAUCUGAUUGAGAAAAAGAAGGAUGCUCCACAUUUUGCUCACAAGAGUUUACCUUACUCAAUUGUUAAAAGCUGUAAAUAGCUCAAGAGAAAAGUAUUUUCUUUACUGUGAAAGCCAAAGCAAAAAUAAUCAGCAUUUCAAGCAAAAAGUCAUAAAUCUUCUAUUAAUAGAUUCUAGCUGAAACAAACAGGCAGUAUUUCUGGCUCUGAACUUUACCAAAGGUAACUUCCCAUGUGAAAGCCAUAAGCCUUAACUAAGAUUAUGACUUAACCAUGGAUGCAUGAGGUGUCUUAAAGAGAUGGCAAGCAGUUUUUAAAAGAUUUAGGAUAUCUCCAAAGAUAGCUCAGAGAGAGAAAAAUUCAAGACAGAAAGUCAGAAGAUAUCCAUGCAGAGAAAGAUAAUCAAUAAGUGGUGAAAAGUCUCCAAAUAUCACACCAGAAAUGACUUAUUAUUUGACCUGAGAAUCAAACCCACGCUGCUGCAAUAAAAGGGCAAAACCGUAGUUACUGGCUGCAGUGUGGGGCAAUACUGUUCAUUUUCCCAGAAACAAUCUAGAAGAGGCAGCUCUGAGCUUGCAAAUGAUUUUAACUGUUCCAGAGAAUUUUUAAGUCUAGCCGUGACAUUACUACUAUGUGUCCUUUCAGAUUAACUGCCUGACAUUAACCCCAAAAUUCCCACCCUCCGUAUGUGGAAGACCAAGGAAGAGUACCCUUAAAGGGUUACAAAGUCAACUUCUCAAAGACAAGAGGGAAAUCUCAUCUUUUUUAUCAGGGACCCACAGCAAAGUUUGUAACUGACCUGUCUGCAGGGCCAGCUUGAACACCAGGCAUAUGGGAGUCCUAGGCCCACAUUCUAUCCUGUGGUACUUCUCUCCGUGACAGAUUGAUAUAGAAAGACCAAAAAACUAAAAAAAUAUAUAUAUUUUUUUCCCUAUUAAGCAAACCUUGCAGAGGAGAUAAACAGUGAUAUUUCCCAUUAAUUUGACUGGUUUGCACAGAGUGGCCAGAUGCCUGGCUAAUUAGUAAUUCUUACCCUUUUUGCCUCCUUGCCAGUUUUCCAGGUUCCCUUUCUCUGCAGCUUCCAGGAGAGUGGAGAGGCUUUUGAUGAGCCUGUUUGCUGCACCAUAGCUGUGGCGGGGGCUAAGCUAUGUCACAAAAGAAAAUCCGUUUUCAUUUAAUGAAACCAUAGGCAAAAGCCUCUCAAUUUUGCAAUAUGCCACCCAGUGGGCUGCAAGGAGAACCAAAUUAACAUCUUCCAUUUUGGCCGGAGCAAAAUGCAUAUGACAAAAUACAAACACUUGUCACCCCACUUAGCACCCAGGUAUUAACCUGGCGAAGCUCAAACUUGUACCCAUUGUCCCCUGUCGUCUGUGAUCCACUCAAAGUGGGGAGGGAUGACUUCUGACCAGGAGUUUCAAUGGGAGGUCUCCAGGCAAGAUGAAAGUGUGGAUGGUCACCCUGAGUUAGAUCUGUUCAGCUCCUGCUAACAAUUCCUUAAGGGCUCACCAAAUGUGAGUGAUCAAACUAAGCAAGACUGCUAUCAGCAUUUCCUUCAGAGAUCUCCCCAUAUACAAACACACAUGAUGAAAUAAAGAAAAACAGAGGGCCUUCCAAACCAACACAUCUGACUAGAUUCCAAACCAGAAGAGUAUUCCUCCAACAAGUCCCCCGUUUCCAUCUAACGGGGGAUAAGUCGUCCAAAACCGAGACUCUUCCUACAAUUUAGCGAGAGAUAAACAGUCCCCUUGACCUGGCUACUUUGCCUUGAAGGUCAACAGAGACUCUUUCUACAAACUUAGAAAGAGUUGGACAGUUUGUACGAUGGAGCUGCAAUGCCUCUAAGGGGACCAACAAAUCAGGAGAAGGGGAACACUCACCAAACCAGGUUAAAAGGUGUCUUCCAGGAACUAUCCAUUGCAAUUUGAUCCAUGCAUUAUGGUCAACAGUAGCUCACUGGUAGAGAGUGUGCCAGAGGCAGUCUUUAGUUCAAGAGACCUAGGCGGACACUUGCUGGCCUCCAGUCUGCCACUGGUGAGGGGCUGCAGAACCAUGGGCAGGUACCCACAAGGGCUAUCCCAGAUGAGCUCCUCAAUUUGUAAUGGCCUCAUGGGUUCAUUUCCGCUGCUGCCCAGAUAGAGCCAAUUUAUCAAGACAGGGAAAUUGCUAUAGAGAGAGAAUUUAAUACACAUAGAGGUGGCUAAUGGAAGACCACAGUUUUUUAUUACUCAAAACAGCCUCCCCAAAAAUUCAGAGGCUAGGGUUUUAUGUAGAGAGUUUGGUGGGCAGGGGGCUAGAGAAUGGAGAAUUUUUACUGGUUGGGUCAGGGUUGAAAUCACAGGGAGCAACAGCUGUCCUUUUGCAUUGAGUCAGUUCCUGGGUGGGGGGCCACAAGUCCAGAUGAGCCAGGUUACUGGUUUGGGUAGCACCAGCUGAUUCAUCAGAAUGCUGGGUCUGAAAAAUACUGCAAACACCAAUCUUAGGUUUUACGAUAUUAUUGUUAUCUCUAGGAACAAUUUGGGAGGUUAGUAAUCUUGUCGCCUCUGGCUGUGUGACUCCUGAGCCAUACUUUCUAUUCUUGUGCUUAAUUUUUUGGUUUUACAAAGGCCAUCUGGUCCCCAAGCAAUGAGCAGGUUUAUUUCAUUGAGGGGCUUUUAUUAUCUUUUUUUCAAAGUUAAGCUAUAAACUAAAUUCCUCUUAAAGUUAGUUUGGCCUUUGCCUAGGAAUGAACAAGGGCAGCUUGGAAGUUAAAAACAAGAUGGAGUCAGUUAGGUCAUAUCUCUUUGAGUGUAAUAAUUUUCUCAUAAUUUUUUAAAGGUGAUUUCAGGAUAAGAAUAAUGUACAUGUUCCAAAAGAGAGAAAUAGACAAAAUUUAAAAUGUAACAGGUCCCAAGCAAGUUCAAAAUCCAGCAGGGUCAACAUUAUAUGUUAAACCUGGAAUAUAUUUUAUUCUCUGUAUCUGACUUCUGAACACACUGGGGUGAGGGUUGGACUCACAAAACAUCAGGCAGUGUUAUUCUAUGACUUUGCUUGGUAGAGUCCCCAUGGGUGCUGUACUGGUUGCAGUCAGCUACCUCAGGUUUUUCCCAGGCAGGCAUUGCAUGCAGACUCCACACUUCUGGGGUUCUGGCAGUGGUACCACUUCCUCUGCUUCACUAGGCAUUACUCAUAUGAGGACUCUCUGCAGGGACCUCACUUCCGCGGCUUCGCUUGGCAUUGCCCUGGUGAACUCUUUGCAGCAGUUCCAGUUCCACAUUUGUGUUUGGUAUCCCUCUAUAGGGGGCUCUCUUCAGUAGAUCUGCCCUUAUCACAAGUCUCUAGACUACCAGGCUUUUGAAGAAAUCCUUUGAAAUUUGUGGAGGCUGCCAAGACUCCACAGUUCUUCAUUUCUGUAAGCCUAUGUAAUUAUCACCACAUGAUCACCUCUAAGGUCUGGGCCUUAUACCUUUCAGAGCCAGAUCACCUUGGGCAUUUGAGCCAAUGCAGCUGGAAUUAGCACCCUGACAUGGUACAGGACAGUGGCCCAGCCAGCCUGUCCCCAGAAGUCCUUCUGUCUUCCUAGGCCACUGGGCCUGUAAUGGGAAGGGCUGUCUGGAAGAAAACUGAACUGCUGUGUGGCCUCUCUCUCAUUGCCUUGUCUAUUAACGACUGGCUCCAUUUUAGCCAUGCUAAUCUCUGGCAAGUUGUGGUUCUGACACCCUUAAUUUUUUCUCCUGCAAAUGCUCUUUCAUUCUCUCUACCACAUGGCCAGGCUGCAGUUUUGCACAAUUUUUUUUGUACUUACAUUUUCUCUACCAGUUCACCUUAAGUGGUUAGAAGUAACCACACUACAGCCUGAACCCUUUGCAGCUUAAAAAUAUCUUCUGCCAGAUUCCCCAGUUCAUCACUCUGAAGUUAGUCCUUUCACAAAGCCCUUAGGCAUGAACGCAGUUCAGCCAAGUUAUUUGCCAAUUUUUAACAGAGAUGUUCUUGACUCCAGUUUCUAAUACUUUUUUCUUCGUUACAUCAGAAAUCUUGUCAGAAUAGCCUUUACUUUCCAUAUUUUUAUCAGCAGUCUGGUCACAACCACUUUGUCAAUCUCUAAGGACUCCUAAAUUUUUCCUAGUCUUCUUAUCUUCUAAAUCCUCACAAGAACACCGGCUUUUUAUAUUCUGCCUCUCCAGAUUCUUCUAGUCUCUGCCCAUCACUGAGUUUCAAAGCCACUUUCACAUUUUCAGGUAUUCUUUUUCAGCAAUGCCCCACUAAUUGUUACCAGUUUUCCAUAUUAGUCCCUUUUCUGUUGCUUGUAACCGAAUACAAAAAAAAACUGGGUAACUUGUAAAGAAAAAAAAAAGUAUUUCUUAAAGUUGUGGAGGCUGGUAAGUCUAAGGUUUAGGGGCCACAUCUGGUGAGGGCCUCUUGCUGGUAGGGACUCUCAGAAGAGUCCUUAGGCCAUGCAGGGUAUCAGCUGAUUGAGGGUCUGAGCAUGCUAGUGAAGGUCUGUUUUUCUCUUAUAAGGCCAACAGUUGCUCUCACAUGAUAAUCCAUUAAUAUGUAAAUCCAUGAAUGAAUGGAUUCAUCCAGGAGGCUAUAACUCCUGCAUCUUUCAUGUCCUUGAUGGUGGUGGUAAUCUCUGCAAUCCUUCCAGGUAUAUGGUUAUGAAUGUGAUUUUCCAUUUUCCUAGGUAGAGGCAGCUCUAGUGCCUUCCAUUUAGGCUUUCACCAUACUAGCCCUCACUCCACAGGUCAGGGAACCAGUGUGGGAAAUGUGCCAGGAGCUAAGUUUGUCUAUUACAGCUGUGCAUCUGGAACUGGGGAAAUCACCAAAGUAAGUGUUUGGGGACCCACUGGCCCCACUGUGAUUUGAUUUAAAACUUGAUUAAUCACUUAACCUUCAUAAUCACUUACUCUGACUGAGUGGUCCACAGUGAUGUUUUGGGUCUUCUGGAAUCAAUGUAAGUUCAGAGCAAGUGUCUAGUAGUCCCCUCAAAGUUCUUACUAUAUUCAUUUCCAUAAAACACAUUUACCCUGGUUAAAGGUUGUAGGUUCCUUUGGGGAAGGAUAGGAGAAGACUAACAGUAAAAAGUUUUCAUGGUAUACCUUGGUCCUUCAUCAAGGGGACCUAGUUUCCACUUCAUUCAAGGCAUUCUUGACUGUAAGCUGGCUCAAGUCUGGGAUUGAGUAUGGGCUAUGUUUCUCUACUUUUAUGAUUUGAAUUAGACUUUUGUUCACUUAACCUAAAUGUUUUCAGUCUUUUCAGGUCGAUUAAGAAAGUCUUAGGCUUCUUACCUAUUUCAUUUCUAAGAACACCAUGUGGCCAACACCAUAGAUCUACUUGAGUCAGACUAACCUGAAUAUUCCCUUACCUUUGAUGACUAUGAUGGUAACUAUGCUAAUCUUGACUUUGAAGGUUGGCAGCUACCGAGUAGACCCAGGACCCCUGGGAUCCAGUUAUUCCCAGUGCAUUUAAAUUUUCCUGUUGAGUGACUGUGGUUCUCAUUAUAAGAUUCAGCCUACAGAGAAGAGCAAUCAGGAGGUUCUUCAGGGAUGCUUGGGCUCCACUCACAAAUCUAUUUCUCACAGCAUUGGUGAAAGGUGUGUCUUCUGGCCCCUCCAGGUGUGGCUGAGUAGAAUUUCAAAUGUCAAAUGCACUCUAGAGUCCCAUUCAUUCUAAGCCUUUGAAUCUCUUCCUCUACAUUAAGUCAAGGGAGAUCAGGCAUAUCCAGCUGGAUGAAAAAGGGCCACCUUUUGAUUCAUGAUUCAACCAACCAAUCAAACAAGCUGUUAGAGCCCUUUCUAACUACCCAUACAUUAAAACCAGAAUCUUUGUAUAAUGGGCCCAUAUAAAUAAAUUUGGCUUGAUCCAACUUUAUGUUUCCUCCACCACUAUCCCAACACUUAAUAUUCUUUUCCACACGAGUCCCACAGAUUUGGUUAUACAAAUUAGAAAACUGAAAUUGUUUUCUUGGACUGUAAUGAACCUCCCAUGGGUCACACAUAUAAGGUGUAUCACCUUUAAAGGCCUACUGGAACUCAGGACUAAUGAUAGGUCUAGAAGGAAAAAGAGGUGGGUCCUGAGGAGAAUCAUCAUUGCAUUACUUGGCAACUGCCUCCAGGAAGUCCAUUACCUUUUCUCAGUUAAGCCUGGGUUAAUCCCUUCAGACAGAACUGCUUAUACCAAUGAAGACGGGGAGACCACUGCCAAGGGGGUGGGUUUAAGGGGCCACUUCUGCUGGCAAAGAAGACAUCAGAAUUUCAGAGCCCAAUGUCUCCAGCCUCAACAUGGUCUCCCCAAAUGUUCCCAUCCCAAUUUACAGGGUCCCAUUCUUUCCUAAACAGUGCUCUAAAUUUACAGUAGACACCAUGCUAGGCUGAAAGUGCAACUUUCAUUGUAAUUUAGCCAAUUGCAUGGCGUGGGAUUGCAUUUGAUUUUCAGCAUUUUCAUCCCUGUGACUACAGGAGAUACAAUUCUAACCUCAGAGCAUAGAUAGAAGCUCUGUUUUUUAUGUGGAGCUGGAUUCUGAAUUUGAAUCUUUUAGCUUCUCUUUUUUAUUUUUCCCUUUGCUCAGCAACACUAAUAGCAGAGUCCUUAGUUUUCCAUAGAUGUUUGAAGAUGUGCUAUCAAGAGUCACUAAAUGCCUUGCCUCUUACCAAUGGUUGAUUAGGAGUGCCAAAGGCGGAUGUUUGCAUGUCACUUAAGCAGUUCAUGAUGUGGACUAUCAGUGGUCUCCAUACUAUUAGAAGUCUUCAGCAUUUUUACUUAUCAUCAGGUUAGAGACCCAAUUUUAGAAAUCCCCAAAACAAAUAAAGAAAACAUCCUUACAAUUCUGGCUCUCUACAGCCAUUCAUGGUUUAAAGAAAAAAAAAAUCUGUGUUAGUGUCCUCCAGAGAGACAGACCAAUAGGAUAGAUACAUAGAUUGGCAGAUGGUGGAGUAGUAGCAUGGCUCAUUCUAAGGCUGAAAGUCUCAGAAUGAGGAAAGUUGACAGUGUAAUUCUCAGUCUGAGGUCAAAGGCCUGAGAACCUGAAGGGAUGCAGAAGUAAGUCCUGGAAUCCCAAGGACAGACAGCCAGUAGUUAAGGUGUCCAAGGGCAGGAGGCAGAGAAUGUACCAGCUCCAGGGGAGAGGGAAUGCAAAAUCAUUCUCACUUCUUUUUUUUUUGUUCCAUCUGAACCCCCAUCCCACUGGAUGGUGCUUACCCACAUAGAGGGUGGAUUGUUACAGAACCCAACUCAGGUCUGUUCACACAGAUAUCUACACUGACACUUGCGGUGGGAGAAAAAGAGGUGUUCAAUUGAAGAGUGUCAAACAAGGAGGAUCAGGCAGCUAAUGCUUAGAUUUCUACCUCCCCAAUGUCUUGUACAUAAGGGUUUUUAAUAGCAGGGUAAAUUUCAGUAAAGUAGAAGUUACUGGUAAAAUUAUAAAUCAAUACAUGGAGGUUACACAUUGGUUUUGGCCUUAAAGGGUGGAAUAUCUUGAAGCAGGGGUCAAACAGAGGUUUAUAGGUCAUAGGCAGAUUCAAGGAUUUUCUAACUUGCAAUUGAUUAAAGAAGAGAAGCUUUGUUUUAAAACUUGGGGUCAGCAGAAAAAAAUGUUAGCUGUGACUCAUGGAUGCGACUCCCUCUAGGCCCCUCAGGAAGAAAUUCAGGAAAAAGAAUGGCAGUCAGAGUUCAGUCUUCAGGUCCCCCUUAUUUGAGGUCUACAUAUCAGCAGAUCCAUUUGAUGGGGGCCUAGGUUUAUGAAAAAUGACUCAGGAAUAUAUGUUAAGAUGUUAUCUUUGGUUUCCACAGGGAACCAAACAAACGUCUCCUGACUCUAAAGUCCUUGGGCUACUAUUACCUUCUUGCUUAUCACUUUCCUCAUGUACUUCUUAGUGCUAGCUAGGUACCGGGGAUUUUCCUUGAAGGAACUUGAGAUUUUCCUUUAUUUCCCUGCUUGGGGAACCCAAAGCCUCCUCACAGGUGUCCCUGAUCCAUCAGAGUAUCUUCCCCACUCUGUCCACUGACUCACAUAUCAGACUUUUAUGAUAAAACCCUCACAGACCCAGAAGUAAUUCUUUGCCAGUGUUCUAGGUAUUCCUUAAUACAGUUAGUUGACUCCAAAAACGAAAUAUCACAAUUGGGUUUUGGAGUGUUACCUAAGCAGGUUUCUCAUGAGGGGUUCAAAUUGGUGAGUUAAGGUCAAGCAAGCAUGAUUUCCAAAGACUCAUGCUGUGCCUGAGAGGUGGUUACUGCAGAAUAUCUGUGCAGUUCCCACAGGGGUCAGUGUGGGUGAGAUAAGGGUUGUGUCCAGCUGUUCUACAUGCAGUAGUCACCUGUUGGAGGUUUUAUAAGGCGAUAUCUGGAAUGACUACAUUGAGGACUUAGAGGAGUGUGCAAAAUGGAAACUGCCAUGGAUUUCUAAACCUCGUUUCUGGUAUUAGCAAGUCAAACCUAUAUCCAAAAUGAAGGACCAGGCAUUAUAAAAUUAAAAGAAUUCACAGCAAUAUUUAAAAUAGAAAUUUGAGUAGUUCACUAAUAACACUGAUAUCUCUAAUCCUGGGGUAGAAGUUAAAUCAAGUUGUUCAACUUUUCCUCAGUAAUAGACCAGGAUACAUAAGAUGAGACACCAUGAUUUUAUACUGAGAAAGAGGCAGUCACAAAGAAAAACAGUGUGUUCUAUUUGUUUUAAAGGGCAUAUUUGUACAUCUUUCAAAUAGAGAUGUAUCAUAAAAUUAAUGUUGUUAAAAACACGAUUGGUCAGAAGACAGGCAUAAUUUGAUUGCUUUUUUGUGCACACAUAUAAACUUGGUGUAAAAACACUUCCAUUUUCACAUUCUGGUGAUAUCGUUAAACAUUAGAACUUGCAGAGUGAUAUUGGUAGAUCAGAAAAAUAAUCUAACAGAAAGUUUUAUGGUACUCUCGCAAUAAGUGUGGCAUCAACAAAGCUUCUAGUCAUCAGAGAUGAUGCUAACAUAGGAGAAAUCAUGGACAAGGUGAAUUGAAAAGUGAUUCAGAAGAGUUUGAUCUAAAUAUGUGACAUUUUAGAAAACACUUGUUACCUAUUUUCCUUUCUUUUUUUAUCUUAUGUGAUCAUAGGAGUGAUAUAAGACCAUUACCCACAUUUACGUAAGUUCAAAAUAGUUAUUUUCAAUAUAUAUGUAUUUUCUAAGUGAUAAAAAGUUUCUGUGUUACAGUUUUUCAAUGGUUUUGUGUUUUUAUUGUGACAUAAAAUAAUGUUGUAUUUUUAUAAUUGAUGCAAAUGAUACUUACAGGUGCUUGUGAUAGCAACAAAAGGCAGAGAAAUUCUAGGCAGACAGAGGUCCCUAGUAAAGCCCCACCCUCAAGCAAAAAAGCCUGAGACUGUGGUCCAAAGUGCGAACUUAUAUACCUGUUUUCCUGCUUGAAUGUUACCUUUUCCUAAACCACCCAUGGCCCACCCCACCCCAUCCUGUGCCUAUAAAAACCCUAGACUCAGCCAACAGAGAGAAGCAGCUGGACAUCAGGGACUAUGGCUGGAUGUAGAAGAGAAGCAGCUUGACUUCAGAGGGACAGCUCAAUAGCAUAACUUCAGAUAAGAAUUCAGGUGGAGAUGGCCAGCCUUCAGGGGAAGAUUACCUGCCUCCCCAUUCCCUCUUCAGCUCUCCUUCUCAAUGAGAGCCAUUUUAUUAGCAAUAAAAUCCCCCACAUUUAGCGUCCUUCAAUUUGUUUGUGUAACCUCAUUUUUCCUGGAUGCCACACAAGAGCUAGGGAGCCUCAAGUGUGUAUACAGAAGGCUGUCACACUGGUCCUUUGCCCUCGCUGGUGGAGGGCAGCCACCUCACAUGAAAAGGCAGAGGGCCCACUGAGCUAUUAACACUUAGGCCACCCGUGGACAGCAGAGCUUAAAGACAACUGUAACACACCCUCUGUGAAAAAAAACACACACACGUAUUCACAUGCUGUCCUAUAAUUUUUUUUUCUGAAAAUACAUCUUACUUUCCCUAAAACUUUGCAUGUAUCUAGUAGAUUUAACUACAUAUAUUAAUUGUAAUUUUAACUGUCAGCAACUCUGAUUUUUAGUGAAAAACCUAAGAAGUAAGCAUUUUUUUUUUGUUU